AUGGGCCGCUAUUCAGGCAAGACGUGCCGGCUGCUCUUCAUGCUCGUGCUCACCGUGGUCUUCUUCGUGGCCGAGCUGGUCUCGGGAUACCUGGGCAACUCCAUCGCGCUGCUCUCGGACUCCUUCAACAUGCUCUCGGACCUGAUCUCGCUGUGCGUGGGCCUGGCCUCCGGCUACAUCGCCCGGCGCCCCACCCGAGGCUUCCGCGCCACCUACGGCUACGCGCGCGCGGAGGUGGUGGGCGCGCUGAGCAACGCGGUCUUUCUCACCGCGCUCUGCUUCACCAUCUUCGUGGAGGCGGUGCUGCGCCUGGCCCGGCCCGAGCGCAUCGAUGACCCGGAGCUGGUGCUCAUCGUCGGCGCCCUGGGGCUGGCCGUCAACGUGGUGGGGUUGCUCAUCUUCCAGGACUGCGCCGUCUGGUUCACCUGCUGCUGCCGGGGCCACCGUCGCCGCCUGCAGCAGCGGCAGGAGCAGGCUCUUGGCGACCCUCCCGGCGCUUUUGGGGGGCCCCAAGGCGCCGAGGGCCAGCAGCAUGCUGCGACCCCGACGGCCCCCCGCUUGGACUCAGCUGUGACCCUCCGGGGGGCUUCGAUCGAAAGAAAGCAGAAGGGGGCGACCGUAUUCUCAAAUGUAGCAGGUGAUUCCUUGAACACCCCGAAUGAGCCUGAAGAGACUAUGAAAAAGGAGAAAAAGUCUGAAGCCCUGAAUAUCAGAGGUGUUCUUUUGCAUGUGAUGGGAGAUGCCCUGGGGUCGGUGAUUGUGGUCAUCACUGCCAUUAUAUUCUAUGUGCUGCCCCUGAAAAAUGAGGACCCGUGUAACUGGCAGUGCUACAUCGAUCCCAGCCUAACUGUUGUCAUGGUCAUCAUUAUUUUGUCAUCUGCCUUCCCACUCAUCAAGGAGACUGCUGUCAUUCUCCUGCAGAUGGUCCCCAAGGGAGUCAACAUGGAAGAGCUGAUGAGUAAACUCUCUACUGUGCCUGGAAUCAGCAGUUUGCAUGAAGUGCACAUCUGGGAACUUAUAAGUGGAAAGAUCAUUGCCACCCUGCACAUCAAGUAUCAGAAGGACAGGGGAUAUCAGGAUGCCAGCACAAAAAUUCGAGAAAUUUUCCACAACGCAGGAAUCCACAAUGUGACCAUCCAAUUUGAAAAUGUGGACGUGAAGGAAUCCCUGGAGCAGAAGGACUUACUAUUGCUCUGCAGCCACCCCUGUGUUUCCAACAGCUGUGCUAACAAGCUGUGCUGCCCCCCUGGGUCAGUGCCUCUGGCCCAUGUCAAUGGUUGUGCUGAGCACAAUGGCGUUCCUCCUCUAGAGACAUAUUGUAGCAGAAGAGAUACACCAGAAGUGGCUAUUGAAGUGUCUCUGGAUGGCUGCCUCAGUGACCAUAGACAAGCUAUUAACAAAACUCACGAGGACCAACAUGAUAACAGUACACAUUUUUAA